AUGCAGGAAUUUGUGGGGUCGUCUCUGAUAGGGCUGUAUUCAAGAUGUGGUGAUAUUGAGGAAGCAGCUAAAGCGUUUGAUGAAAUAAUUGAGAAAGAUAUUGUUGCUUAUACGUCUUUGAUUACGGGCUAUGCUCAAGUUGGUGAUCACCGAGCAUAUGAGGCUUUUAGAGUUGCUUAUCAUAUGCAGAAGGAAGAAAUUGAUCCUAAUCGGGUGACACUAGUGAGCUUACUUCAGGCAGCGUCAGAGUUAGGAGCAUUAGAAGAGGGUCAAUCAAUUCAUGGGUAUGCUAUUAGAAGAGGAAUUGGUUGUUCAGAUGAAGUAUUUGAAACAAGUCUGAUGGACAUGUAUAACAAGUGUGGGCCACCAAAUAUGGCGGCCACAUUUUUUGGUAGAAUGGGCUCGAGAACGGUGGGUUCCUGGAAUGCUUUGAUUUCUCGUCAUCUUCAGUUGGGGCAGCCCCUAGAGGCAUUGCAUCUUUUCUUUCAAAUGGUCCAAAGAAAUUAUGAGCUUGAUUUGAUUACUUUAGCAAAUGGGCUUUUGAGUUGUGCUGACUUGGAGAAUUUGCUUGUAGGUAAGAUCAUCCAUGCUUAUAUUGUGCGAACUGGUGCUCAACUUGAUAUUGUUGCUACCACAGCUCUGAUUGAUAUGUAUUUGAAAUGCAACCAUUUAAUCCUGGCCAGGGAAAUCUUCGACAGAAUUGAGGAAAAGGACGUUAUCUCAUUUAAUGUGAUGAUAGCUGGUUAUCUCCAGAAUGGAUUUGCUUGUCAGGCCAUUGAAGUAUUUUAUGAAAUGGUUGGUAUAGGUAUUAGACUGAACCCAGUCACCAUUAUGAGUAUACUUUCUGCAUUAUCCGAUCUAAAAGAUGUAAGACAAGGCAAGUGCAUCCAUGGAUAUGUGUUUAGACGUGGGUUUGGAUCAAACACGGAAAUUGCUAAUCAGAUCAUUUACAUGUACGCAAAAUGUGGUUUUGUACAGUGUGCGAGCCGAAUCUUCAAAAACAUAAAACGUAAGGAUUUGGUGUCAUGGACAUCAAUGAUGAUGGGUUAUUUGCACCAAGGUCAUGCCGAUGAAGCUGUAACCUUGUUCCGGCUAAUGCAAAGAGAAAAUCUGAGUCCCGACUCUGUCACAUUAAUAUGUCUGCUUCAAGCAUUUGCUCAGCUUGGAUUUCUAAAUCUAGCAAAGGAAGUUCAUUGUCUUGUGCAGCGCGUAUCCUUGGACAUAGGGAUACCUGUCAUUAAUUCGCUGAUUACUGCUUACAGCAAAUGUGGAAAAUUAGACAUGUCCAGAGUUUUAUUUGAGCACAUGGCUGGUCGGUGUUUGGUCUCGUGGAACACAAUGAUUGCUGCAUAUGGAAUGCAUGGAAGAUGUGUCCAGGCUCUCAAAUUGUUUGACCAAAUGAAAAAGGAGAAUGUUGUACCUGAUGACUUAACCUUCAGAUCAGUACUUGCCGCCUGUAGUCAUUCUGGCUUGGUAGAAGAGGGUCUGCAUAUUUUUAGAUCCAUGAAAGAAGAGUACUCAAUGAUUCCAUCGGAAGAACAUUAUGGGUGUAUGAUAGACUUAUUAAGUAGAGCAGGACGGCUUGAAGAAGCUUAUGAUUUGCUGCGAUGUCUGCCACCAAGACAAAGUGCUUCUGCACUUGGUGCUUUGCUUGCUGCUUGCAGAGUUCAUGGAAAUUCUGAGAUGGGGGAAACUGUGGGAAGGUGGCUUUUGGAUUUGGAGCCUCAAAACCCAAGCACAUAUGGUUUGGUGUCAAAUAUUUAUGCUGGAGGAGAGAAGUGGAAGGAAGCAGCCCAAGUAAGAGCUUUGGCCAAGGAGAGAAGUCUUAAAAGGACUCCUGGCUAUAGCCUGAUAGAGUUCAGAUAA